CAUCAAAGAAAGAAAAAGUGAUAAAUAAGUAACAAAGCCAAAGCAUCAUGGUUUCUCGUACCAACAUCAUUUUAAAUAACCACACUUGGAGACUCACAAUACCAAGUUCCCAAAUAAAAUAAUAUAUAUAAAUAAAUAAAUAAGAGCUUUAAAAAAUUAGUAGCUACUCCAAUAACUGUUACUACUUUGGUCUGCUCAGUGCAGUGAAUGAAGCAGCAGCAGCAGCAGCGGCAUAAGAAGAAGAAGAAGAAGGCUGCAUUCAUGAGAUUCGAUUCUCUUUGAAGACUGAACUUGUAACACUACUCAUACCCUUAUACUUGGUGGCCUGCCCAUAUAUCAAGGACAUUUGAGCUUUUCCCUUUGACUAGUUUUUUUGGGGAAGCUGUUGUUGAAAAAUCUCAUUGCCAAUAUUUCCAGCUAGUUUGUAUUGAUCUUAUAAUUUAGUUUGACUCAUUCAAUGGACGAGAGACCGGAGACAGAACUGAUAUCCAUACCGGCGACGCCAAGGGUGUCAACGCCGGAGAUACUGACGCCGUCCGGGCAGAGGUCACCAAGACCAGCUUCAAAGGAAGCAAAAUCAUCAAAUGCAUGGACACCAACCUCCUUCAUAUCACCAAGGUUUCUGAGUCCAAUAGGGACCCCAAUGAAGAGAGUGCUCAUAAACAUGAAGGGCUACUUGGAGGAGGUUGGCCAUCUCACUAAGCUCAAUCCUCAAGAUGCUUGGCUUCCCAUCACUGAAUCUCGCAAUGGAAAUGCUCACUAUGCUGCAUUCCACAACCUCAAUGCUGGUGUUGGUUUCCAGGCCCUUGUUUUGCCUGUUGCUUUUGCUUAUCUUGGCUGGAGUUGGGGAAUCCUUUCUUUAACAAUAGCAUAUUGUUGGCAACUGUACACUUUAUGGCUUUUGGUUCAGCUGCAUGAAGCUGUUCCUGGGAAAAGGUACAACAGAUAUGUGGAGCUUGCUCAAGCAGCAUUUGGGGAAAGAUUAGGGGUGUGGCUUGCUCUCUUCCCAACUGUUUAUUUAUCAACAGGAACUGCAACUGCAUUGAUCCUUAUAGGAGGGGAAACCAUGAAACUCUUCUUCCAAAUAGUUUGUGGUCCAACGUGUACCUCAAAUCCUUUAACCACAGUGGAGUGGUACCUGGUUUUCACUUCUCUAUCUAUUGUCCUGUCUCAGCUUCCAAACCUCAAUUCAAUUGCAGGGCUCUCACUCAUAGGUGCUGUGACAGCAAUCACUUACUCCACCAUGGUUUGGGUUCUAUCUGUGAGCCAACAAAGGCCACCCUCCAUCUCUUAUGAACCUUUGUCAUCGCCAUCAUCUUCUGCAUCUUUGUUUCUUGCCUUGAAUGCUCUUGGAAUCGUAGCAUUUUCUUUCAGAGGCCACAAUUUGGCACUAGAGAUUCAGGCUACAAUGCCUUCGACUUUUAAGCACCCGGCUCGUGUGCCAAUGUGGAAAGGUGCCAAGGUUGCUUAUUUCUUCAUUGCAUUGUGCCUCUUUCCUAUUGCUAUUGGAGGAUUUUGGGCCUAUGGAAACCAAAUGCCUUCUGGAGGGAUUCUCACUGCUUUAUAUGGAUUUCACAGUCAUGACAUAUCAAGAGGACUUCUAGCAUUGACAUUCCUCCUUGUUGUGUUCAACUGUUUAAGCAGUUUCCAGAUAUACUCAAUGCCUGCUUUCGACAGUUUUGAAGCCGGUUACACGAGCAGGACUAACCGGCCAUGCUCAAUAUGGGUGAGGUCAGGUUUUCGAGUAUUCUAUGGAUUUGUGUCAUUCUUCAUAGGAGUGGCACUUCCCUUCCUCUCAAGCCUUGCCGGUUUGUUAGGAGGACUAACUCUUCCGGUGACUUUUGCAUAUCCUUGCUUCAUGUGGGUUCUCAUAAAGCAGCCAACAAAGUACAGCUUCAACUGGUACUUCAACUGGAUUCUUGGUUGGUUAGGUGUUGGUUUCAGCUUGGCCUUUUCCAUUGGAGGUAUUUGGAGCAUGGUCAAUGAUGGUCUCAAGUUGAAAUUCUUCAAGCCCAGUUGAAUCAUUAAUAAGUCUAGAGUGAGUAGAAGAAAACAUGAUCAUUUCUCCUUUCCUAAGUGGAAGAUCUUGUUGUAUUCUGAGAGAUGAAGUAGAACUAUGUGGAAAAGGAAAUGUCUUUAAUAAAGGGUAGUAGAUCCUUGUGUGCCUAAAGUUGAGACAAAAGCUAAACUUUGCUGAUUGCUGAAGAAGUUCCCAAGACAAAAUACCUAGGAGUUCACUAUUCCUCUUGUUCUAUUCAGGUUAUGUUAUGUUGUGCUUGUGUUCAUAUUUGUAGAGAACUGAACCACUGGUCACUGUUCAAGGUGAAAACUGUUUGUGCUGAUGGUUUUUCAAUUUCGUUAAUGAAAGCAGUUUUGAUUGUA